GGGACCUGGUGUGCUCUCGGGUACGGGCGAGAGCUAGACGAUGGCGUCGUACAUUGUCACAGGGGUGCACGCUGCGGCUAGAGCUGGCAAGCUGCAGAAGGUGCAAGAUUUCAUUGCCAAAGGGGGCGAUGUUAACAAGCCGGAUCGAGAGCAUUGCAGCCCUCUCAUGUGGGCUUGCUGGGGGGGGCACGUGGAGAUCGUCAAGAGAUUGCUUGACGAGGGGGCCAAGCCUGAUACUUUCAGCCACCAGCACGCAAGCGCCAUGCACUGGGCGACGUGGGGAGGGCACACCGAGAUCGUCAAGUUGCUUUUGGAGCACAAGGUGUCCCUGGAUGAGAGCGAUGAGCAGGAUGGUACCCCCCUGCACUAUGCGGCGAAAAAGGGUUUCGUAGGUCUCGCUAAGGUGCUUGUGGGAGCUGGAGCUACCAUCGAUGUCCGCAACGUCAAGAACAUGACUCCUCUACACUUGGCAUGCCACUACAAUAAGGUGGAGGUGGCGCGCUUCCUCAUCCUCAAGCACGCCGGGGUGGGAUGCACUGACCACAUCAAUCGAACACCGCUUCACUACGCCUGCCUCAAGUCUCACAUCAACUCGGUCCGCUUGCUGCUGGAGUGGGGAGCGGAAGUUAUGGUCAUCGACAACAAGGGGAAGCUCCCCCUGCACCUAGUGGGGCAAAGCGCCUCACAAAAAAACAGGGGGAAAAGCGAGGAUAUCAUCAAGCUCCUCAAGAACAAGAUGCCCGAGGACGACGAUCAAGGACUGGAUGGAUCGUACCACCCCGAGUCUGAUGGCACCCUGAUGGGAGCGGCGAUGUCGGUGGCAAAGAAUGUUGCGAGCCAUUCUAGCACGUUGUCCACUAGCGGUGAAGCAGCAACCAAUACCACGCCUACGGCUGCCGCGGACGCUGUCGUCGACAAAGCUGCCGUAUCAACAAGUGGGGGCUCCAAAGCAACAAACGGGGAAUCAUCGAGGGCCGACAGACAGGAAGCGAUCCCUCCAAGCGGCGAUUCGAACGGGCUCGUGGAUGGAGCUCCACCGGAGCAAACAAAGACGGUCGCGAAGUCAGAUGCACCUGCUCCUGCACGAAAAAGCUCUUUAUUGUUUGGUGUUGGGGGGGGCAAUGCGAAGCAGCCGCCGGAACAAGGUGGCGUAGCGGAUCGACGCUCGUCCGGAGCAGGAGGACAGAACUCGAGGGGGAGUUCGCCUGCAGCUGCACCGAGCGGGGCACAGGGGGCAGGUGGAGGGGACCGCGCGAGGAAGAAGUCGACCAUCAACCUGACGAUGGCGGACGGAAUGGUGAGUAUUGGCGAUGGGAAGCCGGGGAACGACGCCUCUCCUAGCAACAAGCGCCGUGGAAGCAAUUACGGGAUGACUGCCGUGCCAGCUGCACCAGCUCCUGCUAGCCGGGUCAAGCGCUCACCUCAGGGUUCCGUGACAGGGGAGUCUUCAACGAAAGGAAGCGAACGUGAUGACAUGGAGGAAGUUAGCAACGAAGAAGUCGCGUACGAGAUGGCGUUGGAGCAGAUCAUCGCUGACCUGGACGACCUCGAGGAACGCGUGGAGAACCUCAACGUCGACCAGAAAACGAACGAGGACAUUCUGCUCAAUGUGCUCAAGAGAGUAGACGAGACGGAAAAGGAUUUGAGAAAGAUGAAACGCACGACGAUCGCGAAAGACUUUGAGGCGAAGCAAGCGAACCCUGAUGGGGCGCUGGACCGCACGCUAGGCAAUGAGCCACCGCUGGCUCCAAACCUUGGUGGAACCACGGCGGCCUCUGGUGCUGACUGGUCGGGAAACGGCGUUGCCGCUGACCAGUUUGCGAGUAAGGACGAGCUUGGGGAGUUGAGGCAGGCAGUGGCGAUGAAGGACAAGGAGUUGCGGGAUAUUCGAGACCGGAUGCAGGACAAAGAGGGAGAGUUGGACACCUUGCGGAAAGCAGGGAAAAAUCUACGGGAAAGACUCGACGAGAAGGAGGUGGAAACUCGUGGAAUCAUGGAUCGGCUUUCCCGUAUGGAGGACACAGCUCGGAAAGUCUCUGCGGCGUCGGGAGGCUGUAAUUGUACUAUUAUGUGAUGUUGCCCCCUUCCCCCCCCCCCCCCCCCCCCCCCCCCCCCCCCCCCCCCCCCCCCCCCCCCCCCCCCCCACCCCCCCNCCCCCCCCCCCCCCCCCCCCCCCCCCGCACUACCACUACCACUACCACCACCACCACUACUGCCGCAUGGUCACGAAGUUGCCCGACCGUUACACGGGCAGCGCUCCCAUUGCUUUUGUCACGUGUACUAGUUAUUUUAGCUGCUUGUAUUAUCGCCGUCUUUUGAGACUGUAGUUCGUCCUUACGAACAACGUAGUUAGCAAACCCACGUUUGGGGUGGGAGGGAUGCGAAUUUUUUUUCUUAUUGUGCCGGGCGCUUCCUAUGAGAUGAGGCGUUCCUCGGGAGCGGGUUUUUACUGUUCGUGGUGGACGCUUCCUGGACCAGGUGAUGCGUUGUCCGUCACAAACAGUGUCUCUGUCGUGUUCUGUGAUUUUAUUCAGAUCUUUCCGAAGGUUAGCCUUAGACUCGUUGUACUUCUUCUGCAAUUCUUGGAAGAUUUAACGUAAUUUUUAUGUGGAGAUUUCACAUCAUGGAAAAAUAGAUGGGAAUGAAUUGUGUAGGUAUUGACAGUAGCCUCCCUCGCGUGGUGUAAGUAAUUCCGGUAGACGGGCGUUCGUUUUUCACCGUACGCAUUCAGUCUGUUGUGUGGGAUCGAAAUGCGAAGUUUCGUCACAACCAGGUUGUAAGAGAAGGGUGGAUAUUUCAGGCAGUAGAUGUUUUAUUGGAGCAAGGAUGUCCCAUUACUCUUUGCACACAUAUCAGGCAUGUACUUGCCGCACGGUCGUAUUGGUUUGGUUUGAUGUUUUGUCCUGGGAAACACAGCCAGUCCUGGCGCGGAGUUAAAACUCCACAAAAUGUGGCAAAAUGUGGAUUUCGACUCUUGUGGAAGCCUUGGGCGACAUGAUUUUUCUGGUUCAUUGUCAUCGCUCUCAUCUCUCGCAGCGGAGAGUGGCCACCUGGCAUUUUGUUAUUUCUGACUGACUCUUACGCGGAUCACUCAACAAUUCGUGUCGAUAUCGUGUUCGUUGAUGUGUUCACACUAGAAAUCCUCCCCUGUCUAAUGACUAGGAGUCCUUCCGUGGUCACAGGCCAACUACAGCACGUACAUACAUGCGAGUGGGUGCCGUUCAGGCAUAUGCCUCGAGUGUUCUACAGUAGCUGCUGCAGGUAGUGAUACACCCUAGCCUCCGCAGAAAUACACAAAUGACAGAAUGAUGCAUCUGCGACAGAAUGGAUCGACGUGUGCGCUUCCUGAUGUUCCAAACUACAGAUGGCGCCCACACUCAAGAACCGCUUAUAUUGGCCAAGGCUCUAUGCUUAUUAGCUGCCUCAAAUUGAGCACCUCUUAUUUUCAAAGUUCUUAUUUCGAGCAGGCAUAUCCGUAUGAAACACGGGGUUCUUGUUCAUGUUUCUGCUGUGCGCCGAGGACUCCAUUCAGAGUUUUUUUUUGUUUUCCUGCGUGGAUUCAGCCUGACACGUGAGAGCAGCGUGUUCAUAUGCAUAAAGCAAAGUAAGUAUGCAUUUGAUAUUUGAACGUCGCUCAACAGAGACCUACCUCUGGAAUCGAGUUAAAUACAGACGCUGUAUCGCCUGAAAUAAUGUCGCAUCUGAGCAAACACACACCUUGAACCUCUUACGAGUCGCUCGCGGCGUCAUUGUCCACCCCGCCCUAUCUUCUAACGACCGUCGUAGCUUCAUUGCGACCUUCACACUGUUCUUCGAAUGCCGGACCUCAUCCCUGCUCUAUGACGCGCCCCUCUCAAGCAAAGCCCACGGCCCUUCCAUCGCACCUGCAUCUCGACUGUGCUUGUCCAACUUUGGUCUACACGUAGCUCGAAAUUCACACUGUUGUCGCAAAAAAGUUUGCUCCUGAGACGGCCGAGUGAUCAGCUCACCAAAUCAGCCCAUGCUCAGUAUUCCAAGUACUCCACAUUCAGGAAAGAAUUGUGAAGAGCAGCGGGUAUAGACGCUUGACUCGAAAACCGAUGGGUGCGAUGAAGGAAGAGGUGUCGGAAAGCUAUCGUCGCCCCCGCAUCGGCUCGAUCGCCUCCCAGUCUGACUUUGUGGGCAGUUGCCAGCAAUGAUAUUUUCUUUGAUGGCCUCCAAGUGUCGAUCGAGAAUUACACCUCCUUUCAACUUUGACAGCUGGCCGAGCUCUUUCAAUAUUUCAAGGGGGAAAGACAUGGCUCUCGUGCAUGGCACGCAGCGUGGCAGGCACCCCAAUGACACGCGACGAGGGGUAUGCCUUGUGCAACAAAGCUAAGCACCCACGCACC